AUGGGAAACACAACCCAGUCAUGGGAAACACAACACGAAAUGGCCCUGACGUACCCUUAUAUGCUAGUGCCAGGCCAGUCCAUGCCCGCAGAAGGCGACGGUAGCAGUUCCAGCAGCGACAAUAGCUCUUCUUCUGGCGGUAAGCAUGGGCUUAGCACGGGGGCUAUUGCAGGUAUUUCUGUUGCCGGUGUGGUCUUCGUGAGCAUAUUGGUGGCACUGUUCUUCGUUUUAGGCCGCAACCGCGUAUACUCGCAGUGGGUAUCCUCGGAGGAUGGACGCACGGAAAGAACCGCACGCUGGGCACUGUUCAACCACGGCGAGCUAUACAACAACGGGAAAAGCGAAGCGGGGAGUAGUGUCCCAACUAACAACCUAGCCCCUGUCGAUAUAACCGCCGUCUCUAGUCCUGAUCCCAAUGUGUGCACAUUGUCACCUCGGGCACGAGUUACCUCCGGUGCCGGUUCCCUACCUAUGCAGCAGGGACAUUGGAGCUGGAGUGAGCCUCCUCCGCGUGCCCGUGCAAGCGCGAUGGCCACAGAGCUAGAGGGCCAUCCAAUUAUCUGGGAGGCACCAGGCAGUACUCCGGAGUAUCGGUGGUGA